AUGAGCGGAUAUCAACCGUACAACAAUUACACCUCUGACGGGACCGGAUACGGCAACUACAAUGGAAAUGAGACAUCAAGUUCUCAGACACGAUCUGCUGUCACUCAGUCGCUCAUUCCGGUCACUAUAAAAGAGAUCAACGAUGCCAGCCAGUCUGGACCAGACGCACCUUUCCAGACCCAUGGGCUAGAAUUAUAUUACGUUGCCUUUGUGGGCAUCAUCAGGGAACUCGAUGCUUCUCAAGCUCAAUCAACCAUGUUGAAGAUUGAAGACGGAACAGGAAUGGUGUCGGUGAGAAAGUGGAAUGACGAAGAAGGGAAUGAAUCAGACUCGUUCGCGACCGGUGAAUAUGUUAAAGUAGUGGCCACCAUCAGGGAAUUCUCAGGCAAGAAACAGAUUCAGACACAAACAGUCCAAAAAAUUCAAGACUUCAACGAGAUUCCGUACCAUUUCCUCAGUGCCAUCAAAGUUUACCUUGACAACUCAGGGUCGACGAUAGUUGGAAAACAUUCCACGAGUGCAAAUGGGGAUAGUUCUCUUUUCGUUGGCAACGGAAGUGGUGAUGGCGCAAAUUCUCCUCUUGAGAAGAUUUUUGAGUUUGUUCAGGAAAACAGUGCUGUGAUGACUGACGGUGUUCCUCUGCAACUUAUUGCACAGAAUUUCAACAUCUCCAUUGAAGACGCAGAGUCCAAGAUUGCCACUUUGGUUGACGACGGCAGAAUUUACAAUGGUUCCGACGACACUAAUUUCUUGGCUGUGUAA